AUGGCGUACCUGCAGCGAGCUCGGUCAACUUCUUUGGUCCGUCAGCCUUCUAUUGUAGCGUCGGCUCCUGUAGGUGAAUCUUAUUGUAAUCGGUAAGACUUUGGACGCAGGCAAAGCUUUUUUGGAAACCUGCUGCUCUCAUUGCAUGUUUUGCAAUUAGAAAGGCCCAGAGUUUUUAUAGGCUUGAACCACGGCUCAUUGCCGAAAAUCUCGCGGUGAGUAAUAAGGGAUGCCUUACGUUAGUCAGGAAUUUGAUGCGCCGGAAAUCCAAAGUCGAGCCUCGUAAUCACUGAUCUCAUCCCUUUUUUACAAUAUUAUGCAACCUGUAUUUUCUGCAGCUCCGACGCUCUUACUCGGUGAGAAAUCUCGCAACUCCCAAGCCCGAGCUCUCGUCUGACUUCUCAUGUCAGAACACCUAUUAUCCGUAUCGGAAUUACCGGGAUUACAGUGACAUCUACGACGACCAUCGCUACGAUAAAUACCGUUACUUCAGUCCCCUUUACGAUCGGAGUUUGUUCCCGUACUUCUGGGGAUACCCGUAUUCCAAUUGGAGUCAUUAUAAGAACUAUUUGUAUCAUUACACAUAUCCCUCCAAUUAUUACAAAAGUCGUCGUGUUUCGAUCAGAGACACAAGUUAUCUUCCAUCCUGGUAUGGGGCUUAUCGUCCAUAUUAUAACUAUUGAAUUAAGCGAAAUAAGAGAGGGCAGAGUCGAAUCAAAUGGCGGCUGUUUCUUUCCUGAUCUUGCUAAAGGGAUAGCUCUAUGA